AUGGAGUCUCCUCCUUUCCGAAAGGUUAAACUCCCGACUAUUGAGCCUUUCGACGGUACCACAGAUCCGGACGAUCAUUUGUCAGCUUACAAACACCAGAUGUAUGUUCAGGGUGUUGCUGACGCCACAUGGUGUAAGAACUUUCCGGCCACAUUGAAGGGAGUAGCACAGAAGUGGUUCAACAAUUUACCUCCUAAUUCAGUGAAUAACUUCACUGAGCUUAGUAUCUUGUUCACUAGUCAUAUUGUGGCAAACCGUCAGGAGCAAAAGACAAGUAUGCACCUAGGAAAGGUAGUUCAGGGGCCUAAGGAGGCCUUAAGAAGUUAUGUGAAGAGGUUCAACAUGGAAGCUUUACAGAUCCAAGAUUUGAAUGCUGGAGUGGCGUUUGACGCCUUCAUCCGAGGUCUAAGACCGGACAACUUUAAAGGAAAAAGAAAAUAA